UCAAAGACAGAAUGUGAGCCCAGUCAGUUCCAGUGUGGGAACGGUCGCUGCAUCCCGUCUGUCUGGCAGUGUGACGGGGAUGAGGACUGCUCGGACGGGAGUGACGAGAACACCUGCGGGAGCUGACUGCUUGACGACUGAUGCUGCAGACCUAAUGGGGCAGAGAACCUUUGGCCCUCAGUCUACUGCUCCGCCAGGCUGACUAGAACUGGAAACAGCGAAAACUAGAACGUCUUAAGGCUCGGAGCCUAGUGCUGAUAACUCUGGAACUGAAAGGGAGAAACUGGUUCCAUUGAGCCUAGCGGGGCAGGAACCUGAUGACCCACCUGGGCUAGGGACUGAGGGCUGACAAAUGCUGGAGACAACAGACCUAGUGCAGCUGGAGACCAAUGACCUAGUGCUAGGGACUGAGGGCAGACUAGGGCUUGACUAGCAGAGUAUCCCAACUGGGAGGAGAGGAUGACUCCGCAACCAGAACAGGCUAUAACAGGCAGAUAUGACACCUGUUGAAUAGAUGGGCCACCUCUGGGUGGUACCUCUGACCCUCUGGCAGAUAUGACACAGGCUCCAGCUGGGCGGGCCUGGAGCAAUGAAGAUCUGUUGAAUAGAUGGGCCACCUCGGGACAUAGUGGGUCGUCCCAUGGAGGUGGCGAAAACUCAGGCCUGGAGUAGUCUCUCAGGAGAGUAGCCGGGCUGACUCGGGGAGGACCGGCAGUGAUGGCGCUCCUGUGACGAUGGCGCUCCUGUGACGAUGGUUCUAGCCGUGGAGGCCUAGAGUGGUGGUGGUCAGGAGAGUAGUGGCGUCACUAGUGCUCCCGCUGCGUUGACUUAGGCCGGGAGGUCCUAGAGUACGCCCUCUUGAUCUCUUGCUGGUAGUCACGCAGGUACUCAUAUUCUCUCAUCAGCUCCCAACUGGUGAGGGUGUGGUCACUCCCUGACCACUGAGGAGGCCUGGAGCAACUCAUCUUCCUCAGGGGCAUGACGGCUUCGUGUGGGCUGAGUUCGGAAGACCUGUGCAGAGGUGGACUUUGUCUGUCGUAAUGGCCAAUGCGUCCCCAAGAGAUGGCACUGCGACGGAGAGCCAGACUGUGAGGAUGGGUCUGACGAGCGUGUGGAAGUGUGCCACACCAGGACCUGCCGUGUGAAUGAGUUUAGCUGUGGGGCCGGGUCCACCCAAUGCAUCCCCGUCUUCUGGAAGUGUGAUGGAGAGAAGGACUGCGAUCACGGAGAGGAUGAAAUGAGCUGUGGUAACAUCACGUGCGCCUCGCUGGAGUUCACCUGUGCAAGCGGCCGCUGCAUCUCCCUUAACUUCGUCUGUAACGGGGAGGAUGACUGUGGUGACGGGAGUGAUGAGCAGGAAUGUGCUCCGUCCUCCUGUGGUCCCAGUGAGUUUCAGUGUGGCAAUGCCACCUGUAUCCCUGGCAACUGGGUCUGUGACGAUGACGUGGACUGCCAGGACCAAUCGGAUGAGUCCCCUCAGCGAUGUGGUCGCCAACCCACGCCGCCGGCCAAAUGUUCAUCCAGCGAGACACAGUGUGGGUCUGGGGAGUGCAUCCACCGCAAGUGGCAAUGUGACGGGGACCCAGACUGCAAGGAUGGCAGCGACGAAGCCAACUGUUCUGUUCGUACCUGCAGACCGGACCAGUUCAAGUGUGAGGACGGCAACUGUAUCCACGGCAGCAGACAAUGCAACGGUUUGCGUGAUUGUGCAGAUGGCACCGAUGAAGUCAACUGCAAAAACUUGACACAGUGCAAUGGCCCUGACAAAUUCAAGUGUCGGAGUGGAGAGUGUAUAGAGAUGAGUAAAGUGUGCAACAAGGCCCGGGACUGUCCAGACUGGAGCGACGAGCCCAUCAAUGAGUGCAACCUGAAUGAGUGUCUGCUGAACAAUGGAGGCUGCUCCCACAUCUGCAGGGACAUGGUGAUUGGCUUCGAGUGUGACUGCACCCCUGGACUGCAGCUCAUAGACCGCAAGACCUGUGGCGACAUCAAUGAAUGUAUGAACCCUGGGAUCUGUAGUCAGAUUUGUAUCAACCUGAAGGGAGGUUAUAAGUGCGAGUGCCACAACAGCUACCAGAUGGACCCCACCACAGGAGUGUGCAAGGCUGUGGGCAAGGAACCCUGUCUUAUCUUCACUAACCGCCGGGACAUCCGGAAGCUGGGUCUGGAGCGGAGGGAGUACACCCAGAUUGUGGAGCAGCUGCGGAACACAGUGGCACUGGAUGCAGACUUCACCCAGCAGAGGAUCUUCUGGGCAGACCUGAGCCAGAGGGCCAUCUUUAGCACGGUGUUGGAUAAGAGAGGAGAUGUAGGAAGUCAUGUGAAGGUGAUUGAUAAUGUGACACCUGUGGGGAUCGCUGUGGACUGGAUCUAUAACAACAUCUACUGGUCAGACCUCGGCACCAAGACCAUUGAAGUGGCCAACUUCAACGGCACCAAGCGGAAGGUUCUCUUCAGCAGUGGUUUGAAAGAGCCUGCAUCCAUCGCUGUGGAUCCACUCUCUGGAUUCCUCUAUUGGUCAGACUGGGGUGAACCAGCGACGAUUGAGAAGUCUGGUAUGAACGGGGUUGACAGGCAGGUCCUGGUCCAGACUGAUAUUCAGUGGCCCAAUGGAAUCACUCUAGACCUGAUCAAGAGCAGACUGUACUGGGUGGACUCCAAGCUGCACAUGCUCUGUAGCGUGGACCUGAACGGCGACAACCGUAGGAAAGUGCUGCAGUCCCCAGACUACCUGGCUCACCCCUUUGCGCUCACUGUGUUCGAGGAUCGAGUAUUCUGGACAGAUGGGGAGAACGAGGCGAUCUACGGAGCAAACAAGUUCACAGGCUCUGAUGUGAUUACCCUGGCAAGCAAUCUGAACGAGCCACAGGACAUCAUUGUUUACCAUGAGCUAAUCCAGCUGUCCGGAACAAACUGGUGCAAUGAGAAGGGUCUGAACGGAGGCUGUGCCUACAUGUGCCUGCCAGCGCCACAGAUCAACAAAUACUCCCCAAAGUACACGUGUGCGUGUCCCCAAGACCAGACGCUAGCCUCAGACGCCCUUCACUGCAGACCAGAAGCCAACAGCAGUACAUCCAUCCACGAGGUGAACUUCACAGCUAGAGGAUCUACAGCUGCCUGGGCUAUCCUCCCUGUGUUGUUGUUGGCCAUGGCUGCAGCAGGAGGCUACUUGAUGUGGCGUAACUGGCAGCUGAAGAAUAAGAAGAGCAUGAACUUCGACAAUCCAGUGUACCUGAAAACCACAGAAGAGGACCUCAACAUUGAUAUCAGCAGGCACACCUCCAAUAUAGGCCACACAUACCCAGCAAUAUCAGUGGUGAAUACAGAAGAUGACUUGUCAUAACCAACCUUCCAAAUGAUCCCCAUCGGUUUACUGACGCUUUGGUCUCCUUGCCAACGACCUCCGUUUCUUUAGCAGAGUUGCAUCCAGAUGCCUUCUGAAAAGCAUUACGUUAUCAGUUCUGGGGAUGUUUGUCAUUUGUGUGAAUAUGAAUUGUGUCCUACUCCGGCUGCGUUUAGACAGGCAGCACCAUUGAAUUUUUUUACAUUUUUUAAAACAUUUUUUCACACAUUGGUAUUUUGACCAAUCAGAUCACCUCUGAAAAAUAUAUGUGAUUGAUGAAAAUACCAAUUGGUGGGGAAAAAAAGGUCAGAAUUGUAAUUCCUGUUUAAACGCAGCCUUAGUGUGUCAAGGGAUUUUGGGAGCUUGGCCUCUAUAUCCCCAUUCCUCCCUCAGCCCCAAAACAUUUCAGAUUCUACUACAUACAGUAAGUAGAACCUUGUGUUACUUCAGAACACGUGUGUGGGUGGUGAUGCAGAGUUCCUGGUUCUGACUUUCAGUCCCCUGGUGGACAUGUAUUUUUGUGAAUAUUUAUUUAAAAGCAUACUUUAGGCUGUACAAAAUAUAAGUAUAAAAUAUGUAUGUUUUUUUUUCUUAUGAACAUUACCUCCAGAAGCACAUUCUUCUAAAUAAUUUUUAUGCGACUCUGUGCUUGGGAAGAUGAGCUCUAUUGGGAAUGUGAUGGUACUACAUCAUCAUUUGUAAAAUAUUGUACAUAAACCCUCUUCCCCCAAGAACAGAAUCAGGACUGAAGCACUUUGAUAAAAUGUUCCGUUGUAAAUAAGAUUGUAUACAUUUUUGUAGUACCAGGGUAGAGUAAGAUGUAUUUAAAACUACAUUUAACUUUUGUAUUUUAGGGUGGGUUUGUAAAUUCACUCUGGCUAUCUACUCUGAUUUCAGAGCACUCUUGUCAGAGCGCAGCAUAACUGAUGAAUUUACAAACACUCAACACCCGUUGAAUAUGACCGGUGUCAGUAAACAUCGGCAAAAAAAAAUCAUUAUAUUCUUGCCAGCACCACAGUUAGUCACCAACGCUCUGGAUAACAUGAACAGCCUAACCAGCUCUGCUAGGGCAAGUAAACUGGUCAGAGUGAGGUGUUCUCUCAUUUGGCUGGAAGUAGCUAGCUAACUAUAGCCAGUUAGCUUGGGUGCUUGACUGCCGUUGUGAGAUCAGAACGUUCGGAUCAAUUCUGAAUUUACAAACGGCCAGAGCGCACUCCAGGGUGAAUUUACGAGUACACCCUUGGUGUUCUGUUGCUGUGAUCUUUUCCAACCUUGUAGAGUAUGGGGACUAAAUACUGUAUCGUGAUCAAAUAAAACAAGACCCAUAAGUCAUUCAAAACUCA